AUGGCAGACGCUCAGGAGCGCGGCUUGACGCUGCUGAAAGGCAAAGAGUAUGAAGAGGCCAUCAAGGUUCUGACGGCCGGCAUCGAGCUCGCAAAGUCCGACGCCAAGACCAACAGCGACCUCGCCGCCAACAUCCAUGUGCUGUAUUCGAAUAGGUCGGCCGCAUACGAGCGCGUGGGAAAGUUCCAUGAGGCCCUCGAGGAUGCCGAGUUGGCCAUCAAGCACAACCCAGAGUGGGGCCAGGGGUACUUCCGCAAGGGACUGGCUGCCCUGCGUCUCGGGCACGAGAAACGGAGCCGGGUCUGGGCGGCCAUCGGAUGUGAACUGGAUCCGCAAAUGAAGCAAAACCCGUCCGUCCAGCAGGUUUUCAAGAACCUCGACACCAUCGAAGUAAUCCACGUCAACCCGGCCAACGCCAAGAAGAUCCUGGUGGGAAACCCCAUCAGCAAAGACUCGAUCUCCGUUCGGAUGCCUCUGGGCAGCCCCGAGGCCGAGAAGAUCUUUGUGUUUGAGGAGGGCGAAUACGAGUUUGAGACCGAAAUCGUUAUCACCCACGCCGUCGCCAUGGUCCCCAAGACCGGCAAAGGUGUCAAGAUCACCCGGACGGGUCUCGAGGGCAAUGUCCCGCACGCCAUCUUUCUCGCCAAGAACACAGCCCGGCUCUUUAUCGAGAACCUGGAGAUUGUCUCGACCACAGGCGCGGCGCUGUUUGCCCUGGCGCUCACGCAGAUGGAGAUCCGCAACUGCAGGCUUGUUUCGACUCGCCAACCCCAGGGCAAGGAGAUAUACGCCGUGACGUGCGACGGAUCCGCGUACUUUUACAAGUGCGACAUCUCGAACGAGCACGCAAGCGGCAUGGUGUUCCGUGAGAACCAGUCAAGUCUGCUGGAAGACUGUGAGAUUCACGGCUGCAAGAACGUGGGUCUCGAGGCCAAGGACGGAGGCAGCUUCCGCGCCGUCCGAUGCAAGAUUUUCCAGAACAACCAAGGCGCGGUCGUCUGGAAGCAAGCCAGCGUCGUCGAGAUGCAGAACUGCGAGGUCUACGGCAACAACUCUGAAGGCAUCAUCUGCAAUGGCGCCAAGAUGCGGCUGGAUCACUGCCAGAUCCACCACAACUCAUGGGGCACCAUCUUCUUGAGCCAGGCAUACUGCGAUGUGAAUGGCAACCAGAUAUUCAAGAAUCUCUUUUGGGGUGCGCUGGUGCUCGGCGGUUCGAAUGCCCGCCUGGUGGAAAACGAGAUUCAUGGAAAUGGCUGUGGCGGUAUUCGCCUCUGCCCCAACUUUCAGGGCCGGGUUGAGAUCCUGUCCAACUAUGUUCAUCACAACCGCGGCCCCGGCUUCUGGAACGAGAUCGAAGACAGUGCGCUGCUGGAGACGCCCGAGUACGCCAAGUUGGUGCAGGGCCCCAUCCCCGAAGCCAAACGAGCCACGAUGCAUCUCCCACCCGGCGAAACUCGGCUCCACACCGCCGCUCCGAUCCUGCAGGACAAUGUCUUUGAAGAGAACUCGGAAGUGAAAGCCCAUCCAACCGAGAGGCGCCAGGAGCAGUGUACCUUGUGCCAGAUCACCAGUUCGUCAUCUCGAAAGCUGCAGCGAUGUGCCAAGUGUCCCUCAAAGUACUGCAGCAAGGAGUGCCAAGCCCUGGACUGGAAGCGUCACAAGGACUUGUGCAAAAACUUCCAAACCAACCACGUCCUCAUCAUCAAGCCUGAGGACUUCACCGCUGCUCGAUAUGAGUGCCCUCCCGAAAAGAGCACACACGCCCUGCCACCGCUGCGCAACGGCAAGCGAUUCAUCGUCAAGGUGCUGACCGACGAAGAAGAGACGGGCCCAACCUCGCCCCUCACGCUCUACGACGAGUCCGGAAACGUCGACCACCAGUUCCGGUCGCCCGAGCUCUAUCAGUUGGCCAUGGACUGCGGCAACAUGUGCAUCACUCAGCUUACGGCCAAGAAAAUGUUUUUGUGGGCCGCCUUCGAAAACAACGCCAAGGGCGAGGUUCUCAAGGUCUUCACGAACGAGUUGGCUCCAUGGCAGGUGUGGUAGUCAAGGGUUGUGGGGGGCGUGGAUCGCGAUGCAUAGAUGGGGGUUUGUCGAUCGAUAAGACGAGACACCUAGCACUCCAAACAACGCACGCCAUGCACGCACGAGUAUCUUCCUGAUUUGCGUUGGGAUUUCAGAGCUGAGCCUGUCGUGCCGAGUUAAAUGACGAAUCCGAUCACAGGGCCUGCAGUUACUUGAUCCCGGCUUCUGAAUACACAUGUCCAGUCGCCCCAUUGCAGGCAUAUAAGCACUGCCAAUGUUUGUGCGGAUGUUGAUGAUCGCCUAUCGGGGUCGGCUCGUUUGCCCACGGAUGCACUCCACCAACACGGCAUUUGCUCUCGGACUGUUCGA